AUGAACGGGUGUGGCACUGGUGGCAAGUCCAUCUAUGGGGAGAAAUUUAUUAAUGAGAACUUCAUCCUGAAGCGUACUGGUCCUGGCAUCUUGUCCAUGGCAAAUGCUGGACCCAACACAAAUGGCUCCCAGUUUUUCAUCUGUACUGCUAAGACUGACUGGUUGGAUGGCAAGCAUGUGGCCUUUGGCCAAGUGAAAGAAGGCAUGAACAUUGUAGAAGCCAUGGAGCGUUUUGGUUCUCGGGAUGGCAAGACCAGCAAGAAGAUCACUAUCGCUGACUGCGGACAACUCUCAUAAGAUUUUUUGUUUUGUUUUUUGUCUUAACCAUCAAACC